AUGUGUAUGUUGGUGCUUCUUCUGCUGUGCCAGCGGCCUUAUUCAGGCAAACUGGUUGUCGUGCUACCGAUGGCGCCAGUGUCCUCCCUUGCAAGCAGUGCGCUCGCUAGCUGCCGCAGCUCCGUUUGUUCCCGCACUGUUUCCGCCUGUGUCCAAUAUGGUUUUGGACGCUGGGUCCCAUUGUCGGCAAGCUUGUUGUCGGCAGCCUCGCUCUUCUGGCUCACAGUUUGCUUGUACCUCUCCGACCCACGGGGUCCAGAGGCAGGCUUCAGCCAGAUUUUUGUAUCAACCAGUUUAGAUUGA